UUGGCAGUUGGGGAGAGUGAGGAGUUUGUGGAGAAGGACACAGCUCUUUAACUUAAUUCUCUCUAAAUUGAGUGGGAAAAUCUACCUGAAUUUCUUACUUUGGUUCCAUUUGGUCCUGACUGAUCCCAGACAUCCCAUUGACAUCUAUUGACUCCCAAGAAGACAUGAACAGUGAAACUGACUUGGCUGUUUAUUGGUCUACAGGGGAACUCAGGCUUGGAGCCAGUGGUGCUUUGUUGGGAGACUCCCAGGUGCUGGUGGUGGCAACAGCAACAGAAAUAGCAGCAGCAGCAGGAGCAGGAGCAGCAGCAGCAGCAGCAGCAGCAGCAGCAGCAGCAACAACAACAACAACAACAUGUGGAAGAAAUCUCUUUGUCUCCUGAUUCCUUGUGUCCUUAUUGCCUACUAUUGCUACGCUCCUAUUCCACAUGAAAUUGAACAACAUUGGGAACUGAUGAUGAUCUGGAGUUUCAUGAGGAUCCAGAUGCAUAUAGCACCACUUUUGGAAAUGCUGGGAUUUGGACCUUUUCCGUUGUUGGAAAUCCUUGUGGUACCACCAAUCUCGGAUGAAAAUGUCACAGUGACAGAUAACCUGUUCAACAAUGUUUCAGUCCGUGUCUUUGUGCCAAAGCAGAAGUCAUCUACACCGAGGAGGGCUGUGUUUUAUAUUCAUGGUGGUGGCUGGGUCACAGGAAGUGCUGCUUGGGGUCCUUAUGAUGAAUUGGGAAGAUGGAUGGUGGAAAGGCUCGAUGCUGUGGUUGUAUCGACUGACUACAGACUCUUACCCAAGUAUCACUUCCCAACUCAGUUUGAAGACGUAUAUGAUGUUUUGAGGUGGUUCUUAAGGAAGAAAGUCCUUGCUGAGUAUGGUGUGGAUCCCACCCGCAUCUGUAUUGCAGGAGACAGUGCUGGGGGGAAUUUAGUCGCAGCUGUGAACCAGAAGCUCCUCAAUGACCCAGAAAUCAAGAUCAAAAUCAAGAUUCAAUCUUUAAUUUAUGCUCCUCUUCAGGCCCUUGAUAUGGACUUACCAUCUUAUCAAGAAAACUCCCAUAUAGUCGUUGCGGGAAAAGAGCACUUGGUUGAGUUUUGGAGCAGGUAUUUCACCUCAGACAAGGCAUUAUAUGAGGCCAUGGUGGCCAACCAACACACACCUGUGGAAUCUAGCCAUCUCUUCAAGUUUGUUAACUGGAGUACCCUGCUGCCUGAGAGGUUCAAAAAAGGACAUGUGUAUACCACCCCAAUUCAUGGACCCUCUGAGCUUGCAAAAAAGUACCCGGGAUUUCUGGAUGUCCGAGCAUCCCCACUAUUAGCUGAUGAUUCUACAUUACGGCGUUUACCCUUGACUCAUAUCCUCACCUGUCAGUAUGAUGUCAUAAGAGACGAUGGCCUCAUGUACGUCUCCCGCCUCAGGGCUGCAGAUGUCCAGGUAGCCCAUGAACAUGUGGAAGAUGGGUUCCAUGGGAUCCUGUCAUUUGGUAGCAGUCUAAUAAAUUUUAGGGCAGGUAAAAGGGAAGUGAACAAGUAUCUGAAGUGGCUAAAGGAGAAUCUCUAGUGAUGCUUCAUCUGUUCCAUUCAGCCAAGAGCCAGUCCUUCCUUUAUUCAAGUCAAAGUGUUGGCCGCUGGCAGGAUUUGAGUGGGUUAGGAGGGGAUACCAAUAGGACUAGGACAUGGUUGUGGGUGCCCUGGAGAUAAGCUUUGUAUACAAAGAAGAAGAAGAUGUGUGCUGGCAUAUUACUAAAUCAAUCAUCCUAAGUGCUUUGGGGAAGGUCAAAGGAUAAGAGGGUUAAAUGAUAUGGGGAUCCAGGAAUGAUCAGCUGAAUUCCUCUCUCUACCUUGAGCAUUCAGCCUUCUGCACAUGCCAACCUGAGUUAUGAAGAAGAAAAUGGAAAAUGACCUUGCCAACCUUCAAACACUGUAUUGUAAGAUUUCAAUCCACAUCAAUAAGUCCAAGUAUUAGCUUAAUAAAGUUUAUUAAUAAUCA